AUGGAAGAGUGGGCAAGAGUGCAAACAGAAUUAAAAUCAAAAUUGAUAGAAACUGACGAUUUAAAAUUUACAAAGACAAUUAAGGAGGAAAAUGGUGAACAAAUUGUAGAAUUCGAUGAGUUAAGUUAUAUCGGAGGAGUUGAUCUUAGCUUUGAAAAUAACGAAGAGAACGCUAUUGCAUCUUUGAUUGUUUUAAAAUACCCAAGCUUAGAAGUGAUUUAUGAAAAUUUCUCUUCUGUAAAAUUAAGUCUUCCUUAUAUCGCUGGAUUCUUAGCUUUUCGCGAAGUUACUCCUUUACUUGAUUUACUUCGGAAUUUGAAAAAAACGAACCCUGAUAUAUUUCCUCAAGUAAUAAUCGUUGACGGAAAUGGGACAUUACAUCCAAGAAGAUUUGGUUUGGCAAGUCAUUUAGGCGUUCUUGCAAAUGUUCCUACAAUUGGUGUUGGAAAGAAUUUUUUACAAAUUGAUGAUGGUGAAAAUUUGACAAUGGCACAUGUAAAAAUGGCAGUAAAAGAAAAAUUGAAGAAAGGUGGCGACACAUAUCUUCUUCAAGGACAAUCUGGAGUGAUUUGGGGCGCGGCUGUUCGAAGUCUAGAUAAUACUACAAACCCAAUUUUUGUCUCUGUCGGUCAUAGAAUAAGUCUUGAUACUUCGAUACAAAUUGUGCUCAAGUGUUGUCGAUAUCGUAUACCGGAACCCACUAGACAAGCUGAUAUUCGUUCCCGUGAAUUCAUCCGAAACCACACUUCAGAUCAAAGUGUACAAUGA